AAAGCGCAAGCGGAUGUUGUCGACACAAUGGCCAUCUUCACUUUUCGAGCUGUAUAAAUCGGUUUCGAGAGAGCUCCAGACCCCUAGACAUACUCAUUUGAAAGGAUUUAUUGUAAGGACCGCCUCGCUAUUAUUAAAGGAGCUUAAUCUUAUAGAUUCCAACACAAUGGCAAAUAUUGUAACGUUUCAGACGCAAAUCGCUUCAGUUAUGGAAGUACUCGCAAACGCCGCUGUGGCAGAAAUAUGCAAACUUGUCGAGGACAGCUAUACCGAAUUACAGCUUGAAAUAUCUCAAACACAAAAGGAGAAUAACCACCUUAAAAAGAAAUUAAAACUGAUAGAAAUCCGGGAUUCGUUUUAUCGAAGAGCGCACAAACUAAGAAACGAAUCAACUGCCUUGACAAAAACAGGAGGUCACGAAAAAGCAUCAGGUCGAAUUAGUGUGAAAAUCGCUUCGCUGUCUAAUGAGGAUAGGGAUGAAGAUGAAACAGCUCGCUCCCGUAAAGUCUCGCAUCUUCAACCAGAAAGAAUAGACGAGUCUGUAGAGAAUGACGAGCCGGACAUUGUCCUUAUUAAAGAGGAGAGACCUGGCAACGAGAGGUGUGAACAGUCAGAAAGAGAAACAGAGACUACUGAAAAGCCUAAAGAUGACAGCCUGUACAGGAGUGCAGGAGUCUUUUUAACAGUCCGCAGAGAUAACUUCAUAGACCAGAACACAGUCCAGCGCUGCCAUCAAGAGUCUGUAGAGGAUGACGAGCCAGAUGUUCUCAUUAUUAAAGAGGAGAGACCUGACAACAUGAGGUGUGAACAGUCAGAAAGAGAAACAGAGACUACUGAAAACCAAGACACACAGUAUGGUGCAGGAGUUUUUGUAACAGUCCACAGAGAUAACUUCAUAGACCAGGACACGGUCCAGCACUGCCAUCAAGAGUCCAAUGGUAUGCGACCUGAUCACCUUGAGGACGAAACCCCAGAAAUGAUUGAUAUAGGUGAAACGACUAUGGAGAGACGUUGUGAUGGAGACGCAGAGACUAACCUGCAGCCUGUCCCAUCCUUCCCCUCAUGGGUUUCCAGGAGAUUUGACGCAACCACAAAUCAUCCCUCCUAUGCUGAAUCUGAAUGCAACGGAGGACCUUCUGUGAAUCAGUACUUGAUGUACAGAGGGAGCGCAGAUCCUAUGUGUUCUUAUGCAACUCCAAUAGACUCUAAUGGCUUGUCUAUGCCUGAUGUGGAAGGUCAUUUAACACACAGCGUUGAAGGUAACAACAUUUCUCAAUCCAAACAUUCCCGUUUCACACCGAGCUUUUCUGUCAAACAGUCAGACUCUCCUCAGAUGCAAAGGAAAGACAAGUUUAUAUGUAAACAUUGUGGAAAAGCGUUCUCUCAACCCAGCACUCUCCUCUUGCAUCAAAAACUUCAUAACAGGGAGAGGCUUCAUCACUGUACACUCUGCGGUAAGCGAUUUAGUCAGGCGUCUAGUCUCAAAAGACACCAUAGCAUCCACAGAGGAGAAAAACCGUUCAGAUGCGUGCACUGUGGCAAGCAGUUCGCAGAUCAAAGUAACCUCAGAAAACAUGUGACUGUUCACACAGGUGAAAAGCCUUAUGGUUGUAGCCUUUGUGGGAAAAUGUUCAACCAGUCUUCAAACCUCAAAACACAUAUGAGGAUCCACACACGUGAGAAGCCUUUUGGUUGUGAUCGAUGUGGGCGGAUGUUUGCACACAAGUAUAUUUUGGUGAAACACCAACAGAGAAUCUGUGUGUCUACUGGACAAUUCUAGACUUCACAAGGUAGAGAAUAUUCCCAUUGGUACCUAUCAUUAAUGUAAUUAGCUUAAUUUACAUUGGAAUGGAAAAUGCACUGGUGCACAUUAUUCCAAAUAAUAAAUAGGAAUCUUUUAUCAAGUGUAAUAAUCUUUCAAAUGCUUCCUACAAACUAACUCGUUCCAUUCUGAAAUGGACACUUUUGAUGAUCCAAGCAAUUCUCUAUGGAUAAAAUCAAGUCCCUACAUUGAAUAUCCUGUUUCACUGAGAAAUGCAUCAGAUUUCUGAUGUAAACUGAGUUGCGAUUAGCAUUUCAUGUUGACUAACUUUUCUUAGCUAUGUUACAAUGUACAGUAAAUGACAUUAGCCUUUAAUUAACGAUUUUGAUUAUCUCAAAAAUUCUCUACGUUAAUUGGAAUAAAUGUGAAAGUUUAUUGUAUACAUUUUAACUUAAAAAGACUGCUAAAUGUUGUUAUGUAACAUCAGUGAAUUUAAUGUUAAUAAAUUCAUGCACCUUCAAGCAAAGGAUCUCUGAUAAUUGCAUAGAAAAUGACACGUGGUUCUCAAAAAAAGCAUUUUAGUGUAGGUUGCUUUGUCUGCAUUAAAACUGCUGCUUAAUUUCUAAUUUAAAGUUGUCCAUUUAAGGUAAAUUUCCCAAAUAGAAACAAUGAUUUGCUACUCAAGAAACAUUUCUUAUUGUUGAAAGAGCUGUGCUGCUUAAUAUUUUUGUGGAAAUCUUGAUGCAUUUGUUUUCAGGAUUCUUUAAAGAAACAGAAAUAGAAAUCUUUGUAAGAUUAUAAAGGUCUUUGUGAUUUCAUCUUUGAUUGAUUUUGUGUGUCCUUGCUUAAUAAAAAUAUUAGUUUCUUUCUUAAAAAUCUUAUUGACCCCAAACUUUCAUGGAUAAAUAUUACAUUUACAUUUCAGAUUUAUGGUCCAUUAUAUUACUGGUAUGUUUUCAAAUAUUUUUGCUUAAUAUAACAUGAUUCAGAAACAGAUUAUUUAGAUAGUUACUGGAGAAACAACUGAAAGCUUAAGCACAGCAUAGCUGAAAUCACUUUUUCCUGAUGUUUGGGCCUCAAUGGAGAGGGUCACUUCAGUGCCUGAAGGAGUGUUUGAGGGUGCAGUGAGAUUUACUGUGCUAUUUCCACUUCUUCCACUUCCAGCAGUCAUGGUGCUGGGAAAUACUGUAGCAAACCUGUGGUCAUUCCUAGCAUUAAUGUUGAAGAGCUCAUCAGAUCCACUGUAAAAGGGAUGCUCAGUGUCUUCCCAGGCUCCCAUACAUCAUCUGUAUAAAUAAAUUGAAUUGCCUGUAAUAUAGAUUGUCAUAUUUUUCAAUGAGGAGUCCACAAUGAAAGAGAAGGUUUCUGCUUUUCCUGGGUUCCUUACAGUUUGAAAAACAGUUACCUGAAGACACAGAGAAAAUGUUGUAUGCAUAUUGAUUUUGGAUACUCAAUAUCUCAAUGAAACACAUUUUAAUAAACACACUCCUUCACUAUUGUGGAUGGUGAGGAUUCUUAUUCAACCAUGUGGCUGAGAAAAACAUAACUAUUCCACUGUGUGAAAGGUCUGGAUAUUGAUUUCAUUACUAAAACAGAUGUGGAGGCAUCCGCUAUAAUGUUGGUGGCUUCAGUCGCCUGUCCUCCAGAGGCCAGAGCUAAAUCCACAUAGACCGGAUUUAAGGGAUUGGAGAUCCUGGUGGAGUAAUGCUGAUUCUGUCCUUGAUUCGGAUCCUCGCUCCUUCUUCGACGAGUAGCAUGAGGGCUGAAUAAAGCCUUAAAGCAUCUUCAGAGUGGAAAGUGUGUCAAAACAGAAAAGGUGGUUUUGUUUUCAAGAAAGUCAAAAAUGGGUUUUAGAAUAGUGAACAUUAUUUAUACAUAUGAAUAUUAAUUAGUGAGAGUAUAGCAUUGUUUUCAAAAAGAUUCUUAAUGGUUUGGUUCAUAUGCAGUAGUAAAUUUUUUACUCAACAUGGAUAGUAGUACUCAUAGAUAGGUGAUGGUGUCAGGCAAUUAUAACGUAAUAUUCUUUCGAGAUGCAGGAAUUCAGCUUGUUUAAUUUGCAAAAAGUUCUAUGUCUAGGUCUAUGGCCAUAAUAGAUUCAGAAUGAAUUCUGUUCAUAAUAUUAUAAGAAGCUUUUAAUAUAUACCACAGACUUUGUGCUUUCAAUCAGUGCCAACACAGUGUUUUUUUACCCAUUUGUCCUUUGCAACAGCAUCCGUAAAAACAAAUAUAUUAUUUUGGGAAGGUGAACCAGACAGCCAGCUGAGAGAAACAAAAAAUACAAAUUGUUUGAAGUGUGUUGAUUAGGAUACAAAAUGAUUAACUAAUAUUUAUAUAUUAUAUAGUUUUGUGUAAAUGUGCCCCACAUGUUUACAAAUACACCAUAAUUAAAGCAAAAA